CCGAUAAUGAAGUCUAUUGAUCCUAUUCUCCACGGAUGAUAAGUUCGUUAAGCAUCGAUUUGGGCCAAUUUAUUUUCGGAUGGCAUUUUUGUAAUUUCUUGGGCGACGAAAGGCCAUUUUCUUUGGAUACUGAAGGCUACAGAUCACUGAUUCGGCGCGAUGCUAUUCUCCAACGAUGAUUGAGUCCAUUAAGCACCGAUUUGGGCGGAUUUAUUCCGGGUCAAUUUUUGGCAGAUUCCAAAGGGGUACCAUCACAGAUAUCAUGCGAUUUAUCCGAAAUGCCAUUUUCUUUCGAUUCUGGAGGCUACAAAUCACGGAAUCAGGACGAGGCUAUUCUCCACCGAUAAUAAAGACUAUUGAUCCUAUUCUCCCCAGAUGAUAAGUCCGUUAAGCUUCGAUUUGGGCCAUUUUAAUUCGGAUGAUAUUUUCGUAAUUUCUUGGGCGACGAAAAGCCAUUUUCUUUGGAUAUUGAAGGCUAAAGAUCACUGAUUCGGCCCGAUGCUAUUCUCCAACGAUGAUUGAGUCCAUUAAGCACCGAUUUGGGCGGAUUUAUUUCGGGUCAAUUUUUGGCAGAUUCUAAAGGGGUACCAUCACAGAUUUCGGGCGAUUUAUCCGAAAUGGCAUUUUCUUUCAAUUUAGGAGGCUACAGAUCACGGAAUCAGGACGAGGAUAUUCUCCACCGAUAAUGAAGUCUAUUUAUCCUAUUCUCCACGGAUGAUAAGUCCGUUAAGCAUCGAUUGGGCCAAUUUAUUUUUCGGAUGACAUUUUCGUAAUUUCUUGGGCGACGAAAGACCAUUUUCUUUAGUUAUUGAAGGCUACAGAUCAUUGAUUCGGCCUGAGGCUAUUCUCCAACGAUGAUUGAGUCCAUUUAGCACCGAUUUGAGCGGAUUUAUUCCAGGUCAAUUUUUGGCAGAUUCAAAAGGGGUACCAUCACAGAUUACGGGCGAUUUAUCCAAAAUGCCAUUUUCUUUUGAUUCUGGAGGCUACUGAUCCCGGAAUCAAGUCGAGGCAAUUCUCCAUCGAUAAUGAAGUCUAUUGAUCCUAUUCUCCACGGAUGAUAAGUCCGUUAAGCAUCGAUUUGGGCCAAUUUAUUUUCGGAUGUCAUUUUCAUAAUUUCUUGGGCGACGAAAGGCCAUUUUCUUUGGAUAUUGAAGGCUACAUAUCACUUAUUCAGCCUGAGGCUAUUCUCCAACGAUGAUUGAGUCCAUUAAGCACCGAUUUGGGCAGAUUUAUUCCGGGUCAAGUUUUGGCAGAUUCCAAAGGUGUACCAUCACAAAUUUCGGGCGUUUAUCUGAAAUGCCAUUUUCUUUGGAUUCUGGAGGCUACAGAUCACGGAAUCAGGCCGAGGCUAUUCUACACCGAUAAUGAAGUCUAUUGAUCCUAUUCUCCACGGAUGAUAAGUCCGUUAAGCAUCGAUUGGGCCAAUUUAUUUUUCGUAUGGCAUUUUCGUAAUUUCUUGGGCGACAAAAGGCCAUUUUCUUUGGAUAUUGAAGGCUACAGAUCACUGAUUAGGCCUGAGGGUAUUCUCCAACAAUGAUUGAGUCCAUUAAGCACCGAAUUGGCGGGUUUAUUCCAGGUCAAUUUUUGGCAGAUUCCAAAGGGGUUCCAUCACAGAUUUCAGGCGAUUUAUCCGAAAUGCCAUUUUCUUUUGAUUCUGGAGGCUACAUAUCACGGAAUCAGGCCGAGGCUAUUCUCCAUCGAUAACGAAGUCUAUUGAUCCUAUUCUCCCCAGAUGAUAAGCCCGUUAAGCAUCGAUUUGGGCCAAUUUAAUUCGGAUGGCAUUUUCGUAAUUUCUUGGGCGACGAAAGGCCAUUUUCUUGGGAUAUUGAAGGCUAAAGAUCACUGAUUCGGCCCGAUGCUAUUCUCCAACAUUGAUUGAGUCCAUUAAGCACCGAAUUGAGCGGAUUUAUUCCGGGUCAAUUUUUGGCAGAUUCGAAAGGGGUACCAUCACAGAUUUCGGGCGAUUUAUCAAAAUGCCAUUUCCUUUCGAUUCUGGAGGCUACAGAUCACGGAAUCAGGCCGAGGCUAUUCUCCCCCGAUAACGAAUUCUAUUGAUCUUAUUCUCCCCAGAUGAUAAGUCCGUUAAGCAUCGAUUUGGGCCAAUUUAAUUCGGAUGGCAUUUUCGUAAUUUCUUGUGCGACGAAAGGCCAUUUUCUUUGGAUAUUGAAGUCUAAAGAUCACUGAUUCGGCUCGAUGCUAUUCUCCAACGAUGAUUGAGUCCAUUAAGCAACGAUUUGGGCGGAUUUAUUCCGGAUCAAUUUUUGGCAGAUUCUAAAGGGGUACCAUCACAGAUUUCAAGCGAUUUAUCCGAAAUGGAAUUUUCUUUCAAUUUUGGAGGCUACAGAUCACGGAAACAAGCCGAGGCUAUUCUCCACCGAUAAUGAAGUCUAUUGAUCCUAUUCUCCACGGAUGAUAAGUCCGUUAAGCAUCGAUUGAGCCAAUUUAUUUUUCGGAUGCCAUUUUCGUAAUUUCUUGGGCGACGAAAGACCAUUUUCUUCAAUUAUUGAAGGCUACAGAUCACUGAUUCGGCCUGAGGCUAUUCUCCAACGAUGAUUGAGUCCAUUAAGCACUGAUUUGGGUGGAUUUAUUCUAGGUCAAUUUUUGGCAGAUUCAAAAGGGGUACCAUCACAGAUUUCGGGCGAUUUAUACAAAAUGCCAUUUUCUUUUGAUUCUGGAGGCUACAGAUCCCGGAAUCAAGUCGAGGCUAUUCUCCAACGAUAAUGAAGUCUAUUGAUCCUAUUUUCCAUGGAUGAUAAGUCCGUUAAGCAUCGAUUAUUUGGGCCAAUUUAUUUUCGGAUGGCAUUUUCAUAAUUUCUUGGGCGACGAAAGGCAAUUUUCUUUGGAUAUUGAAGGCUACAUAUCACUUAUUCAGCCUGAGGCUAUUCUCCAACGAUGAUUGAGUCCAUUAAGAAGCGAUUUGGGCGGAUUUAUUCUGGGUCAAGUUUUGGGAGAUUCCAAAGGUGUACCAUCACAAAUUUCGGGCGAUUUAUCUGAAAUGCCAUUUUCUUUCGAUUCAGGAGGCUACAGAUCACGGAAUCAGGCCGAGACUACUCUCCACCGAUAAUGAUGUCUAUUGAUCCUAUUCUCCACGGAUGAUAAGUCCGUUAAGCAUCGAUUGGGCCAAUUUAUUUUCCGGAUGGCAUUUUCGUAAUUUCUUGGCGACAAAAGGCCAUUUUCUUUGGAUAUUGAAGGCUACAGAUCACUGAUUCGGCCCGAUGCUAUUCUCCAACAAUGAUUGAGUCCAUUAAGCACCGAUUUGUGCGGAUUUAUUCCGUGUCAAUUUUUGGCAGAUUCUAAAGGGGUACCAUCACAGAUUUCGGGCAAUUUAUCCGAAAUGGCAUUUUCUUUCAAUUUAGGAGGCUACAGAUCACGGAAACAGGACGAGGCUAUUCUCCACUGAUAAUGAAGUCUAUUGAUCCUAUUCUCCACUGAUGAUAAGUCCGUUAAGCAUCGAUUGGGCCAAUUUAUUUUUCGGAUGACUUUUUCGUAAUUUCUUGGGCGACGAAAGACCAUUUUCUUUAAUUAUUGAAGGCUACAGAUCACUGAUUCGGCCUGAGGCUAUUCUCCAACGGUGAUUGAGUCCAUUAAGCACCGAUUUGGGCGGAUUUAUUCCAGGUCAAUUUUUGGCAUAUUCAAAAGGGGUACCAUCACAGAUUUCUGGCGAUUUAUCCAAAAUGCCAUUUUCUUUUGAUUCUGGAGGCUACAGAUCCCGGAAUCAAGUCGAGGCUAUUCUCCACCGAUAAUGAAGUCUAUUGAUCCUAUUAUCCACGGAUGAUAAUUCCGUUAAGCAUCGAUUGGGCCAAUUUAUUUUUCGGAUGGCAUUUUCGUAAAUUCUUGGCGACAAAAGGCCAUUUCCUUUGGAUAUUGAAGGCUACAGAUCACUGAUUCGGCCCGAUGCUAUUCUCCAACAAUGAUUGAGUCCAUUAAGCACCGAUUUGGGCGGAUUUAUUCCGGGUCAAUUUUUGGCAGAUUCAAAAGGGGUACCAUCACAGAUUUCGGGCGAUUUAUACAAUAUGCCAUUUUCUUUUGAUUCUGGAGGCUACAGAUCCCGGAAUCAAGUCGAGGCUAUUCUCCAACGAUAAUGAAGUCUAUUGAUCCUAUUUUCCAUGGAUGAUAAGUCCAUUAAGCAUCGAUUUGGGCCAAUUUAUUUUCGGAUGGCAUUUUCAUAAUUUCUUGGGCGACGAAAGUCAAUUUUCUUUGGAUAUUGAAGGCUACAUAUCACUUAUUCAGCCUGAGGCUAUUCUCCAACGAUGAUUGAGUCCAUUAAGCAGCGAUUUGGGCGGAUUUAUUCCGGGUCAAGUUUUGGCAGAUUCCAAAGGUGUUCCAUCACAAAUUUCGGGCGAUUUAUCUGAAAUGCCAUUUUCUUUCGAUUCUGGAGGCUACAUAUCACGGAAUCAGGCCGAGGUUAUUCUCCACCGAUAAUGAAGUCUAUUGAUCCUAUUCUCCACGGAUGAUAAGUCCGUUAAGCAUCGAUUAGGCCAAUUUAUUUUUCGGAUGGCAUUUUCGUAAUUUCUUGGGCGACGAAAGGCCAUUUUCUUUGGAUAUUGAAGGCUAAAGAUCACUUAUUCGGCCCGAUGCUAUUCUCCAACGAUGAUUGAGUCCAUUAAGCACCGAUUUGGGCGGAUUUAUUCCGGUUCAAUUUUUGGCAUAUUCCAAAGGUGUACCAUCACAAAUUUCGGGCGAUUUACCUGAACUGCCAUUUUCUUUCGAUUCUGGAGGCUACAGAUCACGGAAUCAGGCCGAGGCUAUUCUCCACCGAUAAUGAAGUCUAUUUAUCCUAUUCUCCACGGAUGAUAAGUCCGUUAAGCAUCGAUGGGGCCAAUUUAUUUUUCGGAUGGCAUUUUCGUAAUUUCUUGGGCGACAAAAGGCCAUUUUCUUUGGAUAUUGAAGGCUACAGAUCACUGAUUCGGCCUGAGGCUAUUCUCCAACAAUAUUUGAGUCCAUUAAGUACCGAUUUGGGCGGAUUUAUUCCGGGUCAAUUUUUGGCAGAUUCCAAAGGGGUACCAUCACAGAUUUCGGGCGAUUUAUCCGAAAUGCCAUUAUCUUUCGAUUCUGGAGGCUACAGAUCACGGAAUCAGGCCGAGGCUAUUCUCCACCGAUAACUAAGUCUAUUGAUCCUAUUCUCCCCAGAUGAUAAGUCCGUUUAGCAUCGAUUUAGGCCAAUUUAAUUCGGAUGGCAUUUUCGUAAUUUCUUGGCCGACGAAAGGCCAUUUUCUUUGGAUAUUGAAGGCUAAAGAUCACUGAUUCGGCCCGAUGCUAUUCUCCAACGAUGAUUGAGUCCAUUAAGCACCGAUUUAGGCGGAUUUAUUCCGGGUCCAUUUUUGGCAGAUUCUAAAGGGGUGCCAUCACAGAUUUCGGGUGAUAUAUCCGAAAUGGCAUUUUCUUUCGAUUUAGGAGGCUACAGAUCACGAAAUCAGGCCGAGGCUAUUCUCCACCGAUAAUGAAGUCUAUUGAUCCUAUUCUCCACAGAUGAUAAGUCCGUUAAGCAUCGGUUUGGGCCAAUUUAUUUUCGGAUGGCAUUUUCGUAAUUUAUUGGGCGACGAAAGACCAUUUUCUUUUAUUAUUGAAGGCUACAGAUCACUGAUUCGGCAUGAGGCUAUUCUCCAACGAUGAUUGAGUUUAUUAAGCACCGAUUUGGGCGGAUUUAUUCCGGGUCAAUUUUUGGCAGAUUCCAAAGGGGUACCAUCACAGAUUUCGGGAGAUUUAUCCGAAAUGCCAUUUUCUUUCGAUUCUGGACGCUACAGAUCACGGAAUCAGGCCGAGGCUAUUCUCCACCGAUAAUGAAGUUUAUUGAUCUUAUUCUACAAGGAUUAUAAGUCCGUUAAGCAUCGAUUUGGGCCAAUUUAUUUUCGGAUGGCAUUUUCGUAAUCUCUUGGGCGACGAAAGGCCAUUUUCUUUGGAUAUUGAAGGCUACAGAUCACUGAUUCGGCCUGAGGCUAUUCUCCAACAAUGAUUGAGUCCAUUAAGCACCGAUUUGGGCGGAUUUAUUCCAGGUCAAUUUUUGGCAGAUUCCAAAGGGGUACCAUCACAGAUUUCGGGCGAUUUAUCAGAAAUGGCAUUUUCUUCCGAUUCUGGAGGCUACAGAUCACAGAAUCAGGCAGAGGCUAUUCUCCACCGAUAAUGAAGUCUAUUGAUCCUAUUCUCCACGGAAGAUAAGUCCGUUAAGCAUCGAUUUGGUACAAUUUAUUUUCGGAUGGCAUUUUCGUAAUUUCUAGGGCGACGAAAGGCCAUUUUCUUUGGAUACUGAAGGCUACAGAUCACUUAUUCGGCCCGAUGCUAUUCUCCAACGAUGAUUGAGUCCAUUAAGCACCGAUUUGGGCGGAUUUAUUCCGGGUCAAUUUUUGGCAGAUUCCAAAGGGGUACCAUCACAGAUUUCGGGUGAUUUAUCCGAAAUGGCAUUUCUUUCGAUUAAGGAGUCUACAGAUCACGGAAUCAGGCCGAGGCUAUUCUCCACCGAUAAUGAAGUCUAUUGAUCCUA